GUAUGAUUUCGUUUUCAAAGAAUCGAGAUGACAUAAGCCGAGAGAGGAUGAAAAGAAAAUAAAUUCUCUCGAGUGUGCGCAGAGCCACUGGUCGACAUAAUGUUCUCCGGCGAUCUAUGGAUUCGGGAUUUGAGCGUCCUCGAGACGGACUUCAUCCAAAUCGCAGAGAACCUCCGACGCCGUGACCAACAUCAGAAAGGAAGCAGAGCAUUCAUAAGAUCCAACAGAGAAAUCAAAGAGAAGCUGGAAAAUGUCAAAGAGCAGCUGCAAGAACUGUCGAGUCUCCUAAAUCAACAGUCCAUCACCGGAGAGAUAACGGAAGCUGAAGCCACUCGACGACUCAGUUUGCUACGGAGAGCCGAAGCCCGGCAUCUGGACUUGGAGAAUCAAUCGAAGACGAAUCCACGGGAAAAUUACUUUAGAAAAGAACUCCUUGGUGAUGCUCCUCAGCCUGAGCAAACGGUGUCUUGGGGGGAAGCGGGGGACGACAAUGUCGGUACCGGCGAAGAGCGAAUUCAAGCUCAGCAACAGUAUAUGAAAGAUCAAGAUGCGGGGUUGGAUCAACUCGCAGCGAUCAUGUCGAGGACGAAAAACUUGGCGCAGGAGUUUACGACGGAAAUCGAUCUGCACAAUGAAAUUAUCGACGACGUUGGGGAGAGGAUGGAGUCCGUGAAUGCUCGUCUGAUCCACAAUACACAACGAACUCGGCAACUUGUAUAUACGACCGAUACCUGCGGCCUCUGGGUCAUCGUUAUCGCUCUGAUGAUUGCUAUCAUAAUUGUUGCAAUUAUCUGAGAGGUAGAAGCACACGGAAUGAUAUUCUUCGAGUGAGUGUCCUGCAGAUAGUUCUACGCUGCAAUCGACUUCAAGCAGGCGUGGCUCGGACGAAUAUUGAUUAUAAUCGUUGUUGACCGAUAGAAUUGUUGUGUUGACGGAUCGGAGUGCGGAUCCUUUCCCGAAGGUGUAAAUACAGGCAUUCUUUCCGAAUACGCGAG